GGCCACAGGAGGAGCGGCGCCCCUCCUCCUCGGCUUCUGCCCGCCUUCUUUGCAGCAGCAGCAGCGCCGCCGCUUCCCUUCGUACAAGCGUGCGGAGGCAACCGGGACAGCCGCCGAGCGAGGACCGCGCUGCUCUUCUGGUGGCCGGGAGGGGAAGGCGGCCGCUCUCGGUCUCUCGACGCGAGGCACGAACCACCAGGGAGAGGCGCCCGCUGGAACGUGCGCGACGAAGGACAGAAGCUCGGCUCCCCAUGCCGUGAACUUGCGCGGCUCCCAGGAGGCAGGAUCCGAGGAAGCGGCGGCUGUGUGGAAGAAAAUGUCAGUCAGCAUGCAUGAGAAUCGGAAGUCCAGAGCCAGCACUGGCUCUAUAAACAUAUAUUUAUUUCACAAAUCUUCAUAUGCUGAUAGUGUCCUCACUCAUCUGAAUCUUCUGCGUCAACAGCGUUUAUUUACAGAUGUACUCCUCCAUGCUGGAAACAAGUCAUUUCCUUGCCAUAGAGCUGUUCUAGCUGCCUGUAGCCGAUAUUUUGAAGCCAUGUUCAGUGGCGGUCUUAAAGAAAGCCAAGCCAGUGAAGUCAACUUCCACAAUUCCAUCCAUCCAGAGGUUCUAGAACUUCUCCUGGACUAUGCGUACUCUUCAAGGGUCAUCAUCAAUGAAGAAAAUGCAGAGUCCCUUUUGGAGGCAGGUGAUAUGUUGGAAUUCCAAGACAUUAGAGAUGCUUGUGCAGAAUUCUUAGAGAAGAAUCUUCAUCAUACCAAUUGUCUUGGCAUGCUGCUUCUGUCAGAUGCUCACCAAUGUACCAAACUUUAUGAGCUCUCUUGGAGGAUGUGCCUUAGCAACUUCCAGACCAUCAGUAAAAGUGAAGAUUUUCUCCAGCUUCCAAAAGACAUAGUUGUUCAGCUGCUCUCUAGUGAAGAAUUAGAAACUGAAGAUGAACGAUUAGUUUAUGAGUCUGCCAUGAACUGGAUUAACUAUGAUCUAAAUAAACGCCACUGUUAUCUGCCAGAAUUAUUGCAGACUGUGAGAUUGGCUCUUUUGCCAGCCAUAUAUUUAAUGGAAAAUGUAGCUACUGAAGAGCUUAUCACCAAGCAGAGGAAAAGUAAAGAGAUUGUAGAAGAAGCAAUCAGGUGCAAAUUGAAGAUUCUGCAGAAUGAUGGUGUAGUCACUAGUUUAUGUGCUAGGCCUCGAAAAACUGGGCAUGCCUUAUUUCUUCUGGGAGGCCAGACUUUUAUGUGUGACAAAUUAUAUCUUGUCGACCAAAAAGCAAAGGAGAUCAUUCCAAAAGCUGACAUCCCAAGUCCAAGGAAGGAAUUCAGUGCUUGCGCAAUUGGCUGUAAAGUCUAUAUUACUGGUGGUCGGGGAUCUGAAAAUGGCGUCUCUAAAGAUGUUUGGGUAUAUGAUACACUUCAUGAAGAAUGGUCCAAAGCAGCUCCAAUGCUUGUUGCUCGAUUUGGCCAUGGUUCUGCUGAACUCAAACACUGUCUAUAUGUUGUAGGAGGUCACACAGCAGCCACUGGUUGUCUUCCAGCUUCUCCCUCGGUAUCCUUAAAACAAGUAGAACAGUAUGAUCCUGUGACUAACAAAUGGACAAUGGUUGCCCCACUUCGAGAAGGAGUAAGCAAUGCUGCUGUAGUCAGUGCAAAGUUAAAACUCUUUGCUUUUGGUGGUACCAGUGUCAGUCAUGAUAAGCUUCCAAAAGUACAAUGUUAUGACCUGAGUGAAAACAGAUGGACUGUACCAGCCACUUGUCCUCAGCCGUGGCGAUACACAGCUGCAGCUGUUUUGGGUAACCAAAUUUUUAUUAUGGGUGGAGAUACUGAAUUCUCUGCUUGCUCAGCUUAUAAAUUCAACAGUGAAACUUACCAGUGGACUAAAGUGGGAGAUGUGACAGCUAAGAGAAUGAGUUGCCAUGCUGUUGCAUCUGGAAACAAAUUAUAUGUUGUGGGAGGCUACUUUGGAAUCCAGAGAUGCAAAACAUUAGAUUGUUAUGACCCCACGCUUGAUAUGUGGAACAGCAUAACCACAGUGCCCUAUUCACUAAUCCCAACUGCAUUUGUGAGCACAUGGAAACAUCUCCCUUCUUAACUGCAUGUGUGCCUAUACAGUUUAUUGCAUUAUAAUGCUGAAUAAACCUUGGAACCAACUGUGGAGAAGUGGUUUUGAUGAAGACAUUUCUUUUUUGGAUUUGAAGAAGAUACCCUGCACCUUCUAGAUUCUUAAAAGUUUGAAAUGAAGGAAUGGGAGUGGGAAUAUUGUUUUCGGUAUAUCAGCACAUGGUUUAAUUAUGAAUGAACCCAUGGUCGAGUCCUUGUGUUAGUAAUUGUGGAUUAAUGUCAAGUUUAAUAAUCCUUUCAAAGGGGAGGGGAGGUAAGGGGGGGGGAAAUGAACUUUCCAGGGCUGCAUAACACAGCACAACCCUCAAUUUUCAUGGAUUUUGCUUUUUGUGUGCGAAAUUUGAAAUGGUUGUCACCUUCCUUUUUGACAAUUUGAAGUGUCAACAGCAGCUGCAAAGGAAGCGGACAAGGCCUGGUUCAGCAAGAUGUAUCUCUUUGUGAAUGAAGAUACAGCUCUGCCCAGGUCGAUCAGCUUUGUCCUAGACAGUGCUGGGAGCAUUGGUUUCAAUUGGGGAGCUGCGUUGUGGCUCUUGAAUUGCUUUCUUAGGGAGCAACAGCUCAAUUAUUAAAAAAAAUUUUUUUGCCCCAGUGUCUAUGUGAAAAAGAAUGACUCUUCUUCCCUACAUACAUGCAAUUUAUUUCUUCUUGUAUUUAUUAAUUAUGACUGUCCUGCUUCUAAAUUGUUACUUGUUGUAGAUACAGCUAUUUAUUGUUCAGUGCUUGCAUGCUGAAACAAUGCCUGGAGUAAUUUACAAGUUAUAAGGGCUUAUGGGACUCUUACGUUUUGCACAUUCUGUGAUUUCUGACUUGCUCUGCUGCACAGAAAAAAAAGCUGAAUAAUAUUUGAGAGUUGGGUAGGGGUCAGAAAUGGAACGAUUUUAAAUUGGGUAUGUACUGAAGGACAAAGCCAUGGAGGUUGUUUUCUCAAGCCAUUGACUCCCUAAAUUACACGUGUGCCCUGCUGAUAGUAUUUCUGUUACACUUUAUUUGCCUAGCCAUGCCUUUUGAAUGAAAACAUCUAGAAAGAGAGACAAUAGCUUUUGUAGCUUUCUUUUUGUGCAGCCUCAUCACUAUUGGAAAGCGGACUGGAGGGACAUUCUACAGAACCUUUUUUUUUCUCUAGAAUCUUUCCAGUAUGAGACCCAGUUUUAUUUUGUUUAUUUAUUUAUUUAUAGCUGAUGGGAUGUUUAAUGUGCCAUUUAUAUGACCAGGGGAAUUUUAUUCUCUUUAAGAGAUGGGAAACCCUGGGGGGUGGGGGGAAGAGUUUCUGUUUAAAUUAACACAAAUUCUCUUGGUUUAGCUUCUUGGAUUAAAUUGGAAUUAAAACCCAUUCUCUCCUAAUUAUGAUGGUCAAUGGGGGAGCAGGGAGCUGCUAAAUUCAUUUAAUAUAUUGUUUUGCAUUAAUUAGCAUUCUGAGCUUUCAGAUGAAUAGUAGCUGGAAGUAUCAUAUGUGGGAUCUUGAUCAAUUAAAGGAUUUUUAAAUGUCCUACCACCACCAACUUAAUUUUUUGCUUGAAUGUAAAAGUAAACCUAUUCAGUCUUUCCUGGUGUACUUAGCCCAUAGUUCCUUUGUUUAACUUUCUAGUUGUGCUCUUCAUAAGAAUUGGUACAGCCAAACAAUAUACUGCUACCAGUCUUCCAUUGUGGUUGGUUGUCUUAAUGUUGUGUAAGCAAAUUGUUUUGAAAUGCCUGCAUGCAUGCUUGUAAAGAGUUACAAAUGAUCAUGUCUGCUUACAUUUUGAUAAUGUAGCUCAAUUAUGACAGUUUACUGUAACAAACAAUUCGUGUUCAUGGCACAAUCCUAUAUAUGUUUACUCAGAAGUAGGUUUUAAUGUCUUAACUUGGGCUUACUCCCCAGUAAACAUGUUUCAGGAUUGUAACCAUCGGCUUUAGAGAGCUUUCUCAUGUUGCCGUAGGUUUUUUUCCCCCGAUUCUCAAUAUAUAUGCAUUUCUUAUGUAUUAUCUUAAGUAAGAAAUGAAUGUAUGUGAAGUUUUUCAAAUUGUUAGUUGUGGUUCUUAGCAUGGGUAGCAGAGAGGAUUGAAAGAAAGUCUGAAUUCUAAAACACAUAAACAUUGUAUUGUGAACUUCUAUCGUGUUUCCCCGAAAAUAAGACCCUUGUCUUACUUUAGAGGAAACGGGUAUUGAUUUAUACAUUGUUGACUGAAGUCUGAUUUCUUUGGUCAAUCUGACCAAAAAAUAUUGGUCAGUUGCCUUCAUUUAAGAAUAAUUCUGCUUCUGAAUAUCCAAGAGUAAAGUUAUAUUAAUAUUCAUUUCACUGAGAUGUUUGACAACCAGUACACUAAGUUAAUGCACAGAGUACAGCUGCAUUAACUUAAGGCAAAUUGGGAAAUCUAAAAAAAAAAAACUAUCACAAAACUCGUAUAAAGUUUGUAUAAAGCCCUGCCUGCAAAUUUCUCCAAAUAUCUCUUCACUUACAUUAGGAUUGGAGGUGUUAUUGUUCCUAUAAGUACUAGCACUAUAAGUCCUUUUACAUUCACAUUAUAUAGGAAUUAAUGGCUAUUUUUGUGUGUAUGUGUAGAAGGGUGAAAACAUUCUAGUGAGAAAUGACAGAAUUCUAUCUGUGCACUUCUCCAUGGAAUCGUUGAGCUUAUACCGCAAACCUGUUUUGUAAUACCAUCCAAUUUCCUAAAGUGUCUGAAGUUUUUGCAGUUGGAUUUCAAAGCAGUAGCUUGCUUUCAAGAACUUAGAUUUACUUCACGGGUAUAGGCAGAAGGGAACGGAAAAUCAGGGUGGGCCUCUAGCCCUGCAGGCAAAUAUUUUGAGCUCUUACUCUUUGAACCAGCAUGGGAAUCUUGAUUCGCUACUUGGUGAUUUCCAGUCUGAAAAAAUAGCCCACACUUCUGAGACAAAUGCGGUUCACAUAAGAGUGCACACAAAAACCUUGGCAUAAGACGAGAAAGUUCUUCGUAUUUUGUGGGCCAGUUGCUGUGGAAACAUUAAACAAAGGACAACCUACCACUUCUGGUAUAAUUGUGUAGCCCCUUUUCUUUAGGCCUGACACCUGUCUGAAUAAGAGUGAUUAGAACUGAAUAGUGUCCCUUGUCUGGCAACUGAAGAUGCAGUUCACGUACAAAAAUAAGUGAAGUAAAAUGUCUAUGUGUUUUUUUUUGUAUGCUAUUACGUUUUGAGGUUUUGUAAAACUGCAUUUUUUUCACAAUGUGAAACUGAAGGUCAAUAAAUUAUUAGAGAUUUUCUCUUAAA